AGUGUCCGCGGGGCCCCGCAGCGGCCGCACUCUCUCCCCGGAGGAAUGGAAAGACCCGGAGAAGAGGAGGAAGAGGAGGAGGCAACGGCGGCAUGGUCCCCCGGCGGCGGGGUUUCUUGGCCCAGCCGGUUGCUGCUGUGCCUGUACGCGGUUGGCUUCCUGGAUUUCUUUGGUGUCAGCAUGAUUGUACCCUUAUUAAGCCUUCAUGUCAAGACUUUAGGAGCAAGCCCGACUGUUGCAGGAGUAGUAGGAUCUUUAUAUGGAAUACUGCAGUUUUUUUCCAGCACCUUAGUGGGCUCUUGGAGCGAUGUAGUAGGAAGAUCUUACUGCCUUCUUGCCUGCAUUCUCUUCAGUGCACUGGGUUACUUUGUGCUUAGUAUAUCCACCAAUGUGUUUUUAUUUGCCAUUGCCCGGAUUUUUGUUGGUAUUUUCAAGCACACACACUCCAUUUCAAAAGUUCUGAUUUCUGACCUGGUUUCUGAGAAGGAGCGCCUCCUAGUAAUAGGAUAUUUUAACACAGCCUCCAGUUUUGGUUUCAUUCUGGGACCUGUCAUUGGAGGCUACUUUAUGGAGUUAGAAGGUGGCUUUUACCUAACAGCCUUCAUCUGUGCUUCCAUAUUUAUCUUGAAUGCCGGUCUUUUCUGGAUGCUGCUGUGGUAUGAAAAAAAGAUUGACACUAAUGCGUGGAGCCCUGUGAACCAAGCAGGAGAUGUUCCAUCAGUGGAGGUGAAAAGCACCCUGCAGAUCCAGGCAUUAUCUCAUGACACCAUGAAGCGUGGUAUUCCUGUGGAGUCCUUUUGGACCCAAGUACUGACAGUACUGAAGAGGCUGGGCAGCAUUGCCCAUUCUGAUCUAUGGGAUGUUUUCCUGGUCCGGCUACUGAUGUCUGUUGCAGUGAUGCUGUAUCACAGCAAUUUUGUCUUGGCCCUUCAAGAGAGGUUUGGGAUGAAGCCUAAACUCACUGGCUACCUCAUCAGCUAUAGCAGCACUCUUGGAGUAGCUGCUGGCUUUUUGCUCAGACCAAUCACGAGAUUCUACCAGCACAACACCUAUGCCAUUUUACUACGGUCCACUAUCAUCACUUGUGUUUCUACGAUGUUAUAUGCUUUAUCGGAGAAUGUAUGGACAGUGGUCCUGUCUGCCACGUUUUUAGCAUUCUCAACCACUGUCGGACGUACUUGUAUUACUGACUUUGAACUGGCUGUGGGUGGGAACCAGGCCAGUGGGUUGCUCAUUGGACUCGGACAGUCGGUCUCAGCCAUGGGCCGCAUUCUUUCGCCACUUCUCUCAGGAAUUGCCCAGGAGAUCAGUCCACGUGGUCCCCCCAUCCUUGGAGGCCUGAUGGGACUUAAAGCUGUUCUUAUCCUGGUCUUUAAUAAAUCACGUUAUUCUGUCAGCGGGGGGACAAAACUGAAAAGCACGUAGUGAGGAGUUUGUAUGCUUCUUACUUAGACAAGCAACAAGUUAUUUAAGAGACUUAGGUCAAAGACUGUAAAUGUUCUGGAGGGCUGUUGCAGGAUUCUUUAAAAGGGAACCUUACAGAAUCAAGGGAAGAGCUGAAUGUAUUUCCCAGUUUGUGUGUUUGCUUUCCCUGACCUGUCAAUUAAACAAUGGUAAACAGACUGGAAGAGGGUAUAAGUUACAUGAUCGAAGAAUGCUCCUGGUUGUAGCGCAAAGGCAACUUUACUAACCUGAACCAUAGCAUUCCUCUGUUCAAAUAGUUGUAAAUGAGAUGAAGAACUUUUAAAAACAAGCAUGGUAGCUCAAAUCCAUUUCAGUCUCAGGUAGUUGCCAUUGCACUGCUGUAAUAUCACUUUGUGAUGUGCAGAUCUGUACACUUUGGGUUAUUCAUGGGUUAAGCAACCCAAAGUUAACAACGAUUAACUAAGCAUUUGCCUUUAGCAUAAAGUUAGACACUCUUUUCUGAUUUUCAGUAGUUGGAAACAUGGAAGAAAGCAGGUACAUUAUUUUCUUAUCCAUGUUUACUUGGAAGUAACUCCCAGAGAGUGGAGUGAGGCUUAUUCUCUAGAGAAAAUGCAUGCAGACUAAAUUUUCAUGGCAUGGCAGCCCACCAUGGGUACCUAUGAUGUCUGGCUCAGACCACUUCCCAUAGGGUGCCUUGUUCUAAGGAUUGUUGAACAGGCUCCUGGUGGGUUGGCAUGUCAUGAAACUGGAGGACUGAUUCCAUCAUGGGCUACAAUAAGCAAUGAGCAGGCCAAAAAGCUCUUGCGGUAUCAUCACUUUACAACUGUUGUGUGUGCCAUGCUUGGUCAACAUCCAUGAGUGUCAUUUACUGCACUUUGACGACAUUUACCAGGACGUUGGCCAGGCAACAUUUUGCUCUUCUGUGAAGGACCAGGAAAUUGUUAUUAUUUAAUAAUAAUCAAAUAGUUUAAUUAUUUAUUGUGCAAUUUGUAUCAUCACCGCCCCAAAAAAGGGAUAACAAGCCAGUGAGAGCUGCUGCAAACUGCUACUUCCACAUCAGUGGUGGCAGCUGAGGGUUCUGAGAAAAAGAAACUGCAGAUAAAAAGGGUAACAAUUGAAGAGGAGUGGGGUAGACAAGGGGUUGUAUGACCCUGGAGGCUGCAAUACUGAGGUCCAAGUGGGAGGAAGAGGGAGAAAACAACGGGCAGUAAAGUCAGCCUUCUGUUGGGCACAUCAUGGGUCGCUUUGUGAAUGCGCCACACUGUGAUGCAUAUUCAUAAAGUUUGUGUUGUAUGAACCCACCCCAGGUGGCAACCUCAAACCUAAAUAAGACAUUUACUUGCUUGUAAUCCAAAAUGUCUCAAUUAAACUCUAAAAAUUACUUAGAUUACAUUACAGAAUAAAUAGCCUGGAAAUAUUUUUAUUUAUCUGUAGAGUAUUGGACAGACAAAGGUUGUAAAAUGGGGGUUCAGUGAUGCAUUAUACUUUGUUUUAAGAUUAUUUGAAACCAUUACAAAGUUGCAAUUUCUAUUGCAAAAUAAGUGGAAAGAA